AUGUCUACGAGACACCUCCAAAUCGACAUCCCGAACCAGUCUACCCCAUCCAUCGACACAGGCACAACGCAGCAGCUUCCGCUCUGGGAUCAUUUCAUGAGCAGCAUCAAUCAGGACGUCGAUUCAAAUGAGUAUGGGACUGUGAAUGAAGACGUGUUGGACGGCGAUCCUGUUGCCGCUGGCGUGGAAGAUCCGAGCCUUCCUUGUAUGCUACAAGAGCUGCAAACAUCCUUCACGCCUUCUGACGAGAUCAGCCCGGGUUCACAACACUUGACUGCACCUGCGCCGUUUUUGCAGCCCGAAUUGAUGCCAAAUGGCGGCUUCAAGGGUCAUUACGAUAUGAUCGGUAGACAUGCUCACUUCACCUACGAAGACACCCGGCCGAGCAGCGCUCGGCAAGCAGCCUUUUCCCUCGUUGGCCUGCCAAACUCAGCAUUGCCACGCACCGUCAACUCGACACUUCGCCAUGGUCAAUUCGCCGAGACUGGCCAGGCAUUUGAAGCCAAUGGCACCUUGAGAAGAGAGAUCGCAGCAUCGAGGCUACCUCCUUUGAUCACCCAGCUGGCAUCCCCGUACUGGAGCAAUCCUUGCGAGCCUCUCAGCACCGACUGGCAAGUCCGCCGUGACUCCGUCAUAAAGAUCGCCCCAUUGCUAUCGACUAUGGGUCCUACCUCAUCAGCGUCCACGCCACCCGGUUUCGAAUCCAACGACUCCCGGAAUCGUGGCUCAGAGGCUGCUGAAUUCGAACUCACGGAAUUCUCACUCACCGUCACCGACACUGAACCUCAUGGGACGUACUUCCACGGACACAUAGUCCUGCCCUCGCCGACGCCUUCUCGAAGGAUGCAUAAGUUCUCCGACUAG